GUCAAAGAAGAAGGAGUAACAAACGAGAUAGAUAUACAAUAAAAUUUACAUUAAGAUAGCCUGUAUAUUACACGAUGGGAGCUAAAUUUUCUGUCAAUCAAAAUAAGAAAGAUCCUGAUCGACUUCUUAAACGCAAAUACCAACAUGCCGUACAGCAGCCAAGCACCUUACCACAAUCUGAUGCAAUUAAAGAUUUAAAAGACGACAGUUCUCGUCGAACGUUAUCCAUAGGCUCUUUGGACUCCAGAUCAUUACCUUAUGGAACACUAAAAGGUGAAGAUGAUAGAAUGAAUGCUAACCAAUUUGCAUUAAAAGCUUUAUUUGAAGGGAAUUUUCUGAAAACGGUAGGCGAAAAUAUUGAUUUCGCAUCCACCUCUACAAAAGUUUUGGAUAUAGGAUGUGGGGCCGGCGGUUGGAUCAUGGUAAGCAAUUGUAGCCUUUUUCGUUUGUACUCUUCUGUUGCUUGUGCAGUAUUAGAUCAUCUGUAAUAAUUUUUGCAUGUGAAAUAUAUAAUUUUUAAACAGGACAUGGCUACUGAAUAUCCUGCAGCCGAGUUUGUCGGCAUUGACAAGGUUCUUCUGUUCCCUCAAACCAUUCGCCCCGCCAAUGUCACGUUCAAGCAGAUAGAUGUUACCCAUGGUCUCCCUUUUGAGGACAAUACAUUUGACUUUGUCCAUAUUCGGCUAUUUUUAUUGGCUUUCAACAGAGAACAAUGGGUGGCGUG